CCGGCGGCGGGGAUGGUGGGGGUGCAGUUGCUCUUCUCGGUGCUGAAUAUCCUCAUCAAGCUCGCGCUCAACGACGGCAUGGAUGCACGCGUCUUGGUCGCCUAUCGCUUCAUGUUCGCCUCCGUCUUCCUCUGCCCCAUCGCCUUCUUCGUAGAGAGGAAGACAAGACCACCACUAACCAAGAAGGUGCUACUACACUUGUUCUUGUGUGGGUUGUUCGGAUUUACUGUAAACCAGAAUUUGUACGUGCUGGCUAUAAAGUUAACUUCAGCAACCUUUGUUACAGCUAUCGCAAACCUCACUCCUGCAGCAACCUUCAUUCUUGUGAUCUUGACAAGGCUUGAGACUCUCAAACUUAGGGAGCCUGCUGGACAAGCAAAAUUUGUGGGAACCCUUGUCGGCAUGGGUGGUGCAAUGUUGCUUACAUUCUACAAGGGACCAGAGUUCAAACUACUCCACCGGCUGCCUCAUCCCAAGCUUGGCCACAUCAGCGAAGCACACCACUCCCACCCCCCAUCAACCAGCCAUCAAAUUGUUGGUUCAUUUCUUGGCAUCAUAAGUUGUUUCAGCUAUGCAACGUGGCUUGUCAUCCAGGCGAAAGUGGGUGAAGUUUAUCCGUGCCACUACUCGAUUGCUGCAAUUGUGUGUUUCUUCGGGGCAAUUCAGUCGACUAUAAUGGCUGUCUGUGUUCAGAGGGAGAUGGAACAAUGGAGAUUAGGACUUAACAUCAGAUUGUACUCAUCAGCUUACGCGGGCUUGAUAGCAUCCGGAUUUGCGUUCCCGUUACUAUCAUGGUGCCUGCGAAAGAAGGGUCCACUUUUUAUUGCUGUGUUCAGCCCGUUGAUGCUCAUUUUCGUUGCAGCUCUGAGUGCCCUUCUUCUCGACGAGGCCUUGUACCUUGGGAGUGUGCUUGGUUCAAUCCUGAUUGUGGGUGGCCUAUACCUGGUACUUUGGGGAAAAGCAAAAGAACAAGCGAAGGUGUUGAAAGAAGACAAUCUAGACCACCAGAGACAACGUGGUGAGCUGGAGUAG